AAAAUAAUAAUAAUAAAGUGCAAAAGAAUAUGUCGCAUUUCUCGUAUUCUGAAGUCUUGACGGAAGCGGCGGGCGUGAAGAUCGUAACGUCUCUACCUAAAGAAGAUGUGAAUUCACUUCGGCCUGGAAGGAUAAUCCUUAAAAUGCGGAAAGUCAACGCAGAGUCAUACAUGCAUGGUAAAUCUUGUGGGUUUCACUUGACCAAAUCGAAAUGGGAUCCGUAUCCAUGGGUCAGCCAUGUCGAAAAUAAUAGUCCUGCUGACUUAGCAGGAUUGCGAGCGGGCGAUUGUUUAUUGGGCAUUGACGACACCGAUUUGUUAGGUAUGAAGAUUAAAGACGUCGCUACUUUAAUUCGUAACGAGGAAGGUGUGCGAGAUUUAAAUUUUUUCGUUUGGAGAUACACGCAUCAAAAUGAGGAACAGAAUGAUACUGGAUUAGCCUUGAAAGGACCACUUCCAAAUAUAGCCAGAAAUCUUGCAAACGCGUUAUCAGGAACGGUCCGCGUGUUGGAAUGUCCGAUUUGCUUGGAAAGCGCUGCUCCUCCAGUCUCGCAGUGUGUUCACGGUCAUAUCCUGUGCGUCGUCUGUAGGCCAAAGACGACACGUUGUCCUAUCUGCAGAGUCCGACUCGGUCAGGGCCGAUGCCUUCUCGCGGAUAAACUGCAUAGAGCACUUCGCGAUGCCUUCAAUAUGGAUAAUGAUGAGACGGUAGACAAGGCACCUGUUACAACCAAUCGUUGUAACUUACGUGACCAAUUGUUCGGUAAAAGUAACAAGAGACAAGAGACUCCGGUUGUAAACCGGUCAAAGAACAAUUGUGCUACGUUGAAACCGAGACAAUUUUUAUUGGCCAGAUUGUUGCUUGGGGGCAGAGAAAAAGCUGCUUCCGUGGAUAAUCUAAUGCGAGUAUCUGAAAUGUCGGAAGAAGCCGCGGCGAUUUCUGAUAAAAUGACAAAUAUUAACAGUUUACGCGUGCGAUUGUCCUUAAAUGAUCGCACAAAGUCAGCCAGUACCGGCGAGUUGUCAAGAGACAGUGAAGCUCGCAACCAUGAUUCUUCUUCACAGAUUGCAGAAUCAUCCGCGACGAAUGCCUGCAGUCAACAAUCCCUGAGUUUACCCCAGACGCCAAUCUGGGGUGGUUCCACGGAUUCUGUGACUUGUAUACAGUUAACGUGUCCUCUUUUGCAAUCUUGCAGAGAAGUAGUGCCGUCUGACUUACUGCUGGAACACAUCAGGACUCACGCGGUGCCGCAAGUUCAUUUCUAUUCCGGAAAUGCAAAACUCCCGUUUCCGCUUCCUUUCGGUCGCAACGCUAUUUAUAUAUUCCACCAUGGAAACAACAUGUUUUUCUUUCAGUAUGGAGAAGAAACAGCCUGGAUGUCAAAUCCCUCUAAAAUAGCAUAUUCAAACAGUACAUGGGAAUGGACAUUGCACGCCUGGGGUGACAAUGGUACAGAAGUACAAUUACGAAGACAUGUAGUGAGUCUCGAGGAUUCCGCGAUUUUGUCUUCGCAACAUAUUGCUCCAUUGCCAAACGCGUUACUGUUGAAGACUAUUGAAAUACAAAUAUCAGAAUAUGGAGCACACAAUAAAUUCUAUAUGUAAAGAAAAUAAUAUAUCUGUUAUAUUUAAUAAAUGUAUUAUUCACAAUUCA